AUGGUCAUUACUGGUGAUGCUGGUGGACUCCUUGCAUUGUACAAUGUUCCCACUGGUGAGAUCGAUUGGAUCAGGAGUCAUCCCGGGACGUAUCUGGUCCGCGAGCGGUCUUUGCCGAUCAUCACAUGGAGGGCUGCGGUACUGGUGAGGGUCGACGCGGAAACUGUGAUGUCGGCGUCCCUGGACAACACUCUUGCCCUAUGGGACAUUUUGGCCGUCAAACGCAAUGCAGUUCUCCCCUGUGGAAGGGCGGCAACCGCUAUGGCGAUCUCAGCGAGUAGACAAGGAGUAUGCACAGGCCACGACGACGGCCGUGUUGCUUACUGGGAUCUGCGCUCUUCGAAGAAUGAGCUCGAACUCGUUCAACAGUACAGGACUCACGAGCGUUCUAUCACGGGGGUGUCGUGGAACCCGACGAGUGACUACCUAGUCGCUACUAGCUCUCUCGAUGGGACUGUUAGACUCUAUGAUUCACGUUCGGCUCGGCUGCCACUUCAAAGGUGUGAUAUGCCCCAAGACAUCGCAGUCACUGGAUGUACAUGGCUUAAUGACAAGGUGAUCCUCUCGUCGGGUUCGGAUGGCAAGGUCCGCACUCAUAUGAUCAAUCCAUCACUGGCUACUCAGUGA